UAUGCACAUUGACUCCAAGACUGACAGAGAGGGCAAGGAUAAAAGUGGAGAAAGGAAAGGGAAAGGGAGGAGGGAGUAAAUUAGCAGCAGAGCAAAUAGAGGACAAGCACAACAAAAACAAAGCAAUAAGGGGUUUGUGACCCUGGCAUGGGUGUCUAUGGAAAUGGAGGAUGGCUGGUAACAGAUUGAGUAUUAGAGCUGAGAGGGUGUGGCGAAUCUCAUUGUGGGGCUUCAUUGUCCUCGAUGGUCACCCCGGCCAUAAAUCAGCGGUUAUCACUGCCAGUGGGGGCCACACACAAAUGCUCGUGGUCUCUGGCAGUUACUGUAGUUCCUUCCCCUCAAGGUCUCUGCAUGUGAUUAUUGGAUUCCUUUAUGAGGCACCAUCAGCAGAGGCCAGUCAGACUAGAAAAUGGACAAAGAUGGCUGCUGCAGGGGAACACAUACUCUCAAUAGCAUCUCUUUAUCAAAAGAUGAGCUAAAUGUCGUACCUGAAUGCAUAUUUCAUGCUUUCACUCCCGUGGGGUAAGAAGCGAGCUCAAGUCGUGACGUCAAAGUUUUAUUCUGGAUUUUAGCAUUCUGGGACAGAAAAUCUGGACGUAUUUAUUCGUUUUUUUUCUCAGAAUAGAUUAACCAGUUAAUGUAACAAGCUCCUCCGGUUGCACAGUUUUGAUCAGGAGUGUGAAAUAAUUGAAUAACUUGCAAGACAGUGUUAAGUAAUGGUCUCUUAACUUCUCCACAUUUUGUGUUGUUAUAACCCUAAACUUCAAUGGUAGCAUAUAAUUAACUAAUUUUUUUGCUGCAAAUUCUGUAUUYGAAUGAAACUUUGACAUGACCAUUCUUACAYAUGAAUAUGCUUCGGUGGAGGUUUGUGGAGUGUCCUACUUCAGCUAUCUUUCUACUUAGCAACUAUGCACUGCUUUGUGUUGGUUUACCACAUAAAACGCAAAAGGAAUAAUUAAAGUUUGCAGUUGCAACGAAGAUAAAAUGUGAGAAACAAGGCACUGUAUAUUGAAAAUAAUGACGAAUUCGCUUGAAAAUCACUCACUCCUUCAUAUGUCCUGGAAAGUGAACCGGUUACAUCAUCUCACCACAAGCAUUGCCAAUAAAAUCUCAACAUUAUAAGGCUCAGUAAGCGUUUGAUCUUUUCUUUAAGUGAUGGGGACUUUGAUAUUGAUCACAAAGCUCCCUCAAUUUAAAAAGAAUUAGAGGAGCAGGGUGAGAACCAGCUAUCUGGGCUUUURUAGGUGUUCCACUGACUGGGGAGAAAUGAGCAGAGUCAAAACAUCCAUAGGUAAGUCAGGAMGUUUGCCAGAGAAAGGAAUAAUAGGACAUUUCUAUGUUCACAGCACUGGGUGUUUUUAAUUACUUAAGAGUGGCUUUUUAAUCUAAAUUUUUUUUAUUGGUCUAAAGAGCUUAAAUUCUCUUUUUGAUCUUUUUAAAAUUUUUUUUAUAAAUUCUAGUUUAUUUAUUCUUUACGAAACCAAUUAUUCAACACUUAAUAGAAAAAGAUGUGAAGACUACAGACAAAAAAAAAGCCAAAAUAAAGAAGAGCGGUUUUAAUAUUUAGGUUUUGUAAAUAAUUUGGUUUCAGGAGAUACAUUUUAAACUAAAAGAGCAUGAAUUUGAGCUUAAGUAUAAACCCCUUUAAAAAUAMAUUUUAGUUUUGAGCUCUCUAGAGAACCCCAGAAUGGACUUAAAUUGUGAAAAAUGUAUUAAUCAUUCUUUUUCACAUUCUGUUCUUUGAAAAUGUGAUCCCUGAGAYGAGUGUGCAUGAAGAAAUAUAUUGGACUGACUUCAUCACUGGCACCAAUAGGAUCUCGCUUAUCCGUAGCUGUGAGAAGCUGCCAUCCCACGAGCACUUUAUUGUUCAGGAGUACCUGGACAAGCCCUUCCUGAUGGAGGGCUACAAAUUUGACCUGCGCAUCUACAUCCUGGUUACUUCCUGUGACCCGCUCCGCAUUUUCCUGUACAACGACGGUCUGGUUCGCAUGGGCACCGAGAAGUACCACUCGCCCAACGACGCCAACCUGACCCAGCUUUAUAUGCAUCUGACUAACUACUCUGUGAACAAACACAAUGAGAACUUUGAGCGAUUUGAAGCAGUAGACAGAGGCAGCAAGAGGUCCAUCAGCUGGUUCAUCGAGUUCCUCCGCGUCAACAACUGUGACGUGUCGAAGUUCUGGGAAGACAUCUCWGAGUUGGUGGUGAAAACACUGAUAGUGGCUGAGCCCCAUGUGCUGCACGCCUAUCGCAUGUGUCGCGCCGGGCAACCACCAGGGAGCGACAGUGUCUGCUUUGAGGUCCUGGGCUUUGACAUCCUCCUGGACCGCAAACUCAAACCCUGGCUGCUGGAGAUCAAUCGAGCUCCGAGCUUUGGGACUGAUCAGAAGCUUGAUUACGAUGUGAAGAAAGGGGUGCUGCUCAAUGCUCUCGAACUCCUCAACAUCAGGGCCAGUGAUAAGAAAAGAAACCUGGCUCAGGAGAAGGCAGAAGCUCAGAGGCGGCUUUAUGGUCAUGGCUUCAUGAGGAAACUUUCAGCUGCUUCCACGGACUGGGAGAAACAACGUCACACGCUGGAACGGAGAAGAGAGGAACUGAAAGAACAACUUGCACAGGUUCGCAGGCAGGUUUCCAGGGAAGAACAUGAAAAUCAACAUCUGGGGAAUUACAGACGUAUUUACCCCCCAGACGACAAGCUGCUGUUGGAAAAGUAUGAAAGCCUGCUCUCGGCCGCCUUUCAGACCUUCCUCGCCGGGCGAGCUGCCUCACUUCAAAAGGAAAUGAAUAAUCCUCUGAAACGAAUGAAGGAAGAAGAUAUACUGGAUCUUCUGGAACGAUGUGAGCUGGAUGACGAGAAGCUGACGGGCAAAUCCUCCAGGCAACGAGGCCCAAAGCCCUUGACCGCCAUGCCGGAAUGCAGCCAGACGCCAAGAGGCCAACGACCAGACUACCUGGCUGACUUCUCCAGUGGCAGCAGUGAAGAUAAUUCAUGCUCGUCGUCCAAUGAAGAAGAGGAAGAGGAGACAAGAAAAACAGAAGAAGUGGAAAUUAAAGAAAAGAGAGGCGAGAAGAAGGUCUCCUAUGACCUCAGUGAAAGCAAGGAGAAAAACGUGGCUGAGCGCUCAGGCCGCAUGUUCUGGAAACCUCCAAUCAAGUCCCCCAAACCAGGCACUACUCCCUCUGUGUCUCCGACCCUUUCUGGUCCAAUCAGACGAUCUAUCUCUUGCCCUCGGUGCAUUGCCUCCCUCCCGUCACCCAAUGAGAUGCGACCAUUUUCCACCAGGCCAUCUUCGAUGAUUCCGAUGGCAACGCCUCUCGCCAGGCCGAGCUCCGCGACGCUGAGCUCCACCGCGAUUCGCUCUCAUUCGCUGAGCCGCAGUGUCUCCGCCCACCGUGUGCCUCACAGCAGCAGCCUGGGGACUAUCCACUCUAAUUUGGCUGAACCUUUGAUAAGCUUGAAGGCUAAGGAGCAGGAGGUCGACAUGGUGCGUCAGACCCUCUCAGCGCUCACCGCCAUGCGGAUCAGAUUUCCAGGGAAGACUGAAGAAGAGGCUGAGGCAGUGCUAGACGAGAUUCUCGACAACUGGAGAUACCAUAAAUCAAAGGUGGCGUCUUAUUGGUUGGUGAAGCUGGACUCGACCAAACAGCGGAAGGUGUUGGACAUUGUUCGUUCAAACGUUCGCCUGGUGCUGCAGCGGAUCUGGAGGGAGCCGGAUGUAGAGAACCUACACCUCUAUCGGCUUUUUAAACGCGUCUUCAAUCGACUGUUGUGGAGCCACGGCCAGGGCCUUUGGAGCUGCUUCUCCAACACCGGCUCGUCGUGGGAGAUCAUCUUCAGCAAGAGCAGCGAUGUGGUGUCGCCCCAGGAGCUGCAGUGCUGUCGCCGACUCGUCCAGCUGUGCCGGGACUGCCUGCUAGUCGUUUACAAGUUUGUCUCAGAGUCACGUGGCACUUUGACAACCUUCAGUCCUGAAUGGGAUGAUACAAGCUUUCCAUUCGCUGCUGGACCAACCUCCACCCAUGGCUCCCCUCCUGCUGCUGUCGCUGCUGCUUCCUCUACCUCCUCUUCUUCCGUCKCUUCGCCCCUCAACUCAGGUACUGGAACGCUGUUAGCAGGAGCUGCCUCACUGCUCUGUCUCGGUGGAAGGUGUCAUAGAAAAGUCUUAGAAAGGUACUGACGUCUGUGCCUCGCAACGAUAGGUGCCUGCUGCCAGGGAUCUCCCAGUUCAUCAUGAAGUGGCCUUCGUCCAGCUUUGGCCGCGCCUCCACGGCCAUGCCACGCUCCAGCAG